GGGGGAGGGAGCGGAGCCCGCGCCCGCCGCCUUCACUCAGAGGCGAUGCGGAGCCGCCCAAGCGCCGCCCGCCUUGCCAGGAGGCCCCUCCGCCGCGGGAUGCGAGCGCGCCGCCGGGGCUGAGGCUGCGGAGGGCGGAGGGCGGCCAUGGGGCUCCCGGCGCUGGAGUUCAGCGACUGCUACCUGGACAGCCCGGCCUUCCGCGAGCGGCUGCGGUGCUCCGAGCAGGAGCUGGAGCGCACCAACAAGUUCCUGAAGGACGUGGUCAAGGACGGCAACGCGCUCAUCGGGGCCAUCAAAAAUUAUUCCUUGGCUGUCCAGAAAUUCUCCUUGACACUCCAAUCCUUCCAGUUUGACUUCAUUGGGGACACUCUGACGGAUGAUGAAAUCAACAUUGCUGAAUCCUUUAAGGAAUUUGCUGAGCUGCUCCAAGAGGUGGAACUUGAGCGGUCCAUGAUGGUGCAAAAUGCCAGUAAUUUGUUGAUCAAACCUCUUGAAAAAUUCCGUAAGGAGCAAAUUGGAUUCACCAAAGAAAGGAAGAAGAAGUUUGAAAAGGAUGGGGAGAAAUUUUACUCCAUGCUGGACCGCCACCUGCAUUUAUCUUCCAAGAAAAAGGAGUCUCAACUUCAAGAGGCUGAUUUGCUGGUUGAUAAAGAGCGACACGUUUUUUUUGAAUCUUCCCUGGAAUAUGUUUAUCAAAUCCAAGAAGUGCAGGAGAGCAAGAAAUUCAGUAUUGUGGAGCCUGUGUUGGCUUUUCUUCAUAGCCUCUUCACUUACAACAACCUGACUGUGGAGCUCACACAAGAUUUCCUUCCAUACAAGCAACAGCUUCAGCUCAGUUUGCAAAAUACAAGGAAUCAUUUCAGCAGUACGCGUGAAGAGCUGGAAGACCUCAAGAAAAGAAUGAAAGAAGCCCCACUGACCUGCAAAUUACCUGGCAAACCAGCCAUUGAGGGAUACCUCUAUUCACAAGAAAAAUGGGCACUGGGAAUCUCCUGGGUCAAAUACUACUGCCAGUAUGAGAAGGAAACAAAGAUGUUAAGAAUGACGCCCAUGGAGCAGAAACCAGGAGCAAAACAAGGCCCCACUGUACAUUUGAUUCUGAAAUCCUGCGUGCGAAGGAAGACGGACUCCAUAGACAAAAGGUUUUGUUUUGACAUUGAGACAGUUGAAAGGUCUGGUGCCAUCACCUUACAAGCUCCCUCAGAAGCCAACCGACGGCUCUGGAUGGAGGCCAUGGAUGGGAAGGAGCCGAUCUACCACAGUCCCAUCACCAAGCAGGAAGAAAUGGAACUGAACGAGAUCGGCUUCAGAUUUGUCCGGAAAUGCAUCAAUGCAGUAGAGACAAACGGAAUCGCCACGGAAGGGAUCUAUCGCACCGUUGGGAGCAACAUCCAAGUCCAGAAGCUCUUGAAUGCCUUCUUUGAUCCUAAGUGCCCCGGGGAUGUGGAUUUCCAGAGCAAUGACUGGGACAUCAAGACUAUUACUAGCUCCUUGAAGUUCUACUUGAGGAACCUCUCUGAACCUGUCAUGACAUACAAGCUUCACAAAGAAUUGGUCUUGGCUGCCAAGUCUGAGAACCUGGAUUACAGGCUGGGAGCCAUUCAUGCCCUGGUUUAUAAACUUCCUGACAAGAACCGAGAGAUGUCCGAGCUGCUCAUCAGGCACCUGGUCCAUGUGUGUGAACACAGCAGGGAGAAUCUCAUGUCCCCCUCCAACAUGGGGGUGAUCUUUGGCCCCACCCUCAUGCGUGCACAAGAGGACACGGUUGCGGCAAUGAUGAAUAUUAAGUUCCAGAACAUCGUGGUGGAGAUUCUCAUCGAGCACUUUAACAAGAUCUAUUCUGGGCCGCCUGAAGACAAUGCUGCACCCCCUGUUCCACCUCCCCGGGUAGCCACUCGAAGGCAUAAGCCCAUCACCAUUUCCAAGCGCCCCCUAAGAGAGAGACCCCUCUUCUUUGGAGGGUCUGUGGAAGAAAGCGAAGAAGAGGACAGCUGUGGCCUGACCCCAAAUGGUAUAAUUGCUGCCAUUGGCCCUGAUAUUCCAAAGCCGUUCCAGCGUAGCCGACCGCAGAGGCCGGGAGAACUGGAUCCAGGAAGGCCCAGCCCAGAGAACCGUGGAACUGGGGAACCCUGUGCAGAGGUGGAUGUAGGAAAGCUGGUGUCCAGGCUCCAAGAAGGAGGAGCAAAACUCUCCAGUAAAUCUGCCAACAGCAUCGGGCCAACUCCCAAUUCCCUGAAGGCUUCCAACCUACACCCCAAGAAGCCUGCUCCAAGGCCUGGGGCUGGCUGCAAAGAAGGCGAAUAUGAGAGCUUUACUAAAGCACGGCUUCCUGGGGAGAAACCAGUCAUCACGCGACCUCCAAUGCGACCGCCAGAUCCUCCCUGCAAGGCUCCUGUGCCACAGAAGGUGGAAGCCAAGGCAGACCUUGGGGGAACAGCAGCAGAAGCCCCCUCCUCAGUGGUGGCGUCCAGGGCAAAGUUCUUCGAGACGGCUUCCUUCAGGAGAGGAAGUUCUUCCUGUCCCCAGGGCAGAUCCCCAAAUGAGGAGGGAUGAAAGGCCCCAGACUUCUGCAUGGCUGAGCCUGGAUCACGGAUUUGCAACACAUGGUGUGUGCUCUGUAAAUCAGCUAUUUCCAACCCCGUCUUUGAGCAUGUUGUUGUGAACCUCUUGCAUUGUGAUAAGAGAAGCAGAGACAUUCUUGGGGGGGACAAUAGUUCCACCUGCUACUGUAAGUGUUGAAAAAGACAGAGCAACAAUCGGGCCUUUUGCUGCUCCUCCUCCUCUCUCACUCCAAGCUCCUCCUCCUCCUCCUCGUCUCCAGAAAGUGCUGCUUUCCCCUUUAAGUGUUCAGAAGCAUCGGGAGGUGAGGCCCAUCCACCACCUCUGGCCUCUUAUGGGGUCCUGCUCGAAGAGCUGCUUCCUGGAUCUAGGAACUGGGCUGCAAGCGGCUUCUCUGCCUCAGGAGGUUUCUGACUGGGUGGCUCCAAAUGUGUCACAUUGUGUUAUUUUAUUUUAUUUUCCUUUUCAAAGACAGAUUUUGUGUCAGUGCUGUGUGGAGGGCAGGAGUGGGGUUAACUGUUAACUCAUAAGAGGCUGAAAACAUUCCCAGUAAGGCCUCCACACCUCUUACUGGUUGUGCUUGCACAGCCGGCAGAUGUUCCAGAGAGUGAAUGACAGGAGGAAGAUUUUUGAAGCCAGAUGCUCCACCCCAAAAGGAAUGGUGCUGAAACUGGAGCAGAAACCAACUGCGCCCCUCUGCGAGGCUAGUUUCCCCAAAGUCCAAAGCAGCUUCAAGACAUUCCAGGUAGUUUUAUCUUUUGUUAGACGACAUUCCGCUCUUCCACCUUGACUUAUUUUCUCCCCAAAGGGCCCUUCCUGCUUGCGGUAGAGUGAGAUGAGAGCCUGCAUUUAGAUCUGCUUUUAUUCGACCUGCAGCCAAAGGAAGAAAGAGAUGCUUUGGUUGUAGUUGUCUGCUUGCCUGCCUGCACUUGUGUGCAUGUCUCUCUGCCUCAGGCGUCUGACAGCUUCUGGCAUCUCAGCUGGGAUGCUCUUUCGCCAAGCUCCACUUUGGAUCCCUGCAGACUCUCUGGACAGCCCCCUCCUCAGGAUUCCCCAUUCCACAGAGGUUUCAGUUCACCUUGUAAAUGUCUCCAAGGACCAAGAUAGAAAGCAUCCAUCUAGCACAUUUUAGCCAUGCUUUGCAGAUACAAGAAAUAAAUGAACUUUUGAGAGUGGCUCUGGAUUGCUAGAUUGCUAAUUAUUUCCACAGAAAUCGUCAGAAAAUGCCAUAUUGAUAUUUAACAUGCCUUGAGGGGUGAAGAAAGUGAUGUAUAUGCUUUAUUCCUAUGUUUUUGUACCGGUGCCAUCCAGUGUUCACUUGAACUCCCCAAAGUUGCUGAUCAAAUAGAGAAGAUUGUUCAUUCUGUGAAGUCUGAGUUCUUAAGCACCACUAUAAGUUGGACAGAAUAACUGAAGGUUGAUUGAGGGAUAUGAAAACGCCCACGUCUUCCUGGCAGCCUUGUCAGUCCAAUCCUGGAGCCACAGAUCUUUGCUCAUUGAGUAGUGUGAGGUUGCGGUGACCUCCAGGAAGUCCAGGCGUUGGGCAAACGUCAAUUUGUGUCGAUCUGUUUUUCCCAGGAAUCCAUUAAUGGAUUAUGCUGAUACCAUUGAUUUCAACUGUGGGAAAUGACUGGGGGGGCAUUCAAGAUGUGAUCGAUUCCAGAGAGUAAAAGCUGAGAUAGGAAAGGAAGUUCUGAAAGUGAACGUUUGCCAUUUCUCUCUGCAGGAAGGGUGGGUACUCAGCUCCCAAACGAUGAUGUGGUGAUCACAUCCGAAAUGGGUACAUUUCUCCUCAAACCUGCUUUUGUCAUAAGCUAAAGAUGUGCAGCAAUUCAGCUCUCUCUGUUUUGUGAAUUUAAAGGCACUUAAAGUAAUUUCCACCUGGUGUACUUGUCUGGUAAAAGAAGUAGAUUACUUGUAAUAAUGUUUAUAAAGUUCCCAUGGAUUAAACAAAUCCACCUGA